AUGGUUGUAUGGUUGAUGGAUACAGUAGAUGGUUCAGGACGAGAUACGACGCGUUAUCUUUCGUGGGCUGAUGUUUACAUUAUCGUAUAUGAUAUAACAUCACAAUUAUCUCUGCAAUACGCAGAAUCGACAAUGCAACAGAUUUCAACCCAUGAACAUCAUCUUUGCUCACGGCAGCAUAAAUGCUUACUUGUGGGAAAUAAGACUGAUCUUGAACGUUAUCGUCAGGUGAGUGAAUCAGAUGGUGAAAAGUUAGCAAAACGAUUUGGUGUGAUGUUUGGUGAGAUCUCAGCUAUAGAUGAAUGGGAACGAGUUGCUGCACUUUUCAGACGUCCAAUUACUGUGGUCUUAACUGAUCGAUCCAAAAGACGUAGUCCCUCUCCACGACUUUGUUCUUCUGAUUCUGAAAUUGCUUCUUCAAUGAACAAAAAUGCAUUUUCAAUGAAGAGUUCCGGUCGUUGCAGUACAUUCGGCCUUCGUUCGAAAAGUCCGAAAAGUGUUGACAUGGUCAAAAUGCCUUCAUCAAAGAAAAGUGGUCACAAGUUGUUAAAACUUUUCCAUAACUGA